CGUCUAUAAAUUUCAGCCGUCUCAGCCAACACAAUCACAACCACCACCUCCCUCCCUCUCUCUCUCUUAAUCUUUCUGCCCCCACCAUUAGCGCACAACGGAAAGACAAGAGAGGCUUAGAUGGCUGAACAACAACUAGGAGUGCUAAAGGCACUCGAUGUUGCGAAGACGCAACUUUAUCAUUUCACGGCGAUUGUCAUCGCCGGUAUGGGUUUCUUUACCGAUGCGUACGAUCUUUUUUGCGUGUCCUUGGUAACAAAGCUCCUUGGCCGCAUCUACUACUUCAAUCCGGAGUCAGCGAAGCCUGGCUCACUUCCCCCUCAUGUUGCGGCCGCUGUCAAUGGUGUGGCCCUUUGUGGAACCCUUUCUGGUCAACUCUUCUUCGGUUGGCUCGGUGACAAACUCGGACGGAAAAAAGUGUACGGUCUUACUUUGAUCAUGAUGAUCUUAUGCUCUGUCGCUUCUGGCCUCUCUUUUGGCAACGAAGCCAAGGGUGUCAUGACCACCCUUUGCUUCUUCAGGUUUUGGUUGGGAUUUGGUAUUGGAGGUGACUACCCACUUUCUGCCACCAUCAUGUCUGAAUACGCAAACAAGAAGACCCGUGGGGCUUUCAUCGCAGCUGUCUUCGCCAUGCAAGGUGUCGGUAUCUUGGCUGGAGGUUUCGUGGCACUCGCAGUAUCUUCUAUAUUCGACAAAAAGUUCCCAGCUCCAACAUAUGCAGUAAACAGGGCCCUCUCAACGCCUCCUCAAGUUGAUUACAUUUGGCGAAUCAUCGUCAUGUUUGGUGCUUUACCCGCAGCUUUGACUUACUACUGGCGUAUGAAGAUGCCUGAAACUGCCCGUUACACCGCUUUGGUUGCCAAGAACAUCAAACAAGCCACAGCCGACAUGUCCAAGGUCUUACAAACAGAUAUCGAGCUUGAGGAAAGGGUGGAGGAUGACGUCAAAGACCCCAGACAAAACUAUGGCUUGUUCUCCAAGGAAUUCCUUAGACGCCAUGGACUUCAUCUCCUUGGAACUACCUCCACUUGGUUUUUGCUUGACAUUGCCUUCUACAGCCAAAACUUGUUCCAGAAGGAUAUUUUCUCGGCCAUCGGAUGGAUCCCAAAGGCAGCCACCAUGAACGCCACCCAUGAGGUUUUCAGGAUUGCUAGGGCUCAGACUCUUAUCGCCCUUUGCAGUACAGUCCCAGGCUACUGGUUCACAGUUGCGUUUAUUGAUACCAUUGGAAGGUUUAAGAUCCAACUAAAUGGAUUUUUCAUGAUGACCGUGUUUAUGUUUGCCAUUGCCUUCCCUUACAACCACUGGAUCAAACCAGAAAACCGUAUCGGAUUUGUGGUUAUGUACUCUCUUACUUUCUUCUUCGCCAAUUUUGGUCCAAAUGCAACCACUUUUAUUGUCCCUGCUGAGAUAUUCCCGGCCAGGCUAAGGUCAACAUGUCAUGGAAUAUCAGCCGCGGCUGGUAAGGCUGGAGCCAUCAUUGGAGCCUUCGGGUUCUUAUAUGCGGCUCAAAAUCAAGACAAGGCUAAGGUGGAUGCAGGAUACCCACCAGGUAUCGGAGUUAAGAACUCAUUGAUCGUGCUUGGUGUUCUUAACUUCAUCGGUAUGCUCUUCACCUUCCUUGUCCCAGAGCCCAAGGGCAAGUCCCUCGAAGAACUCUCUGGUGAAGCUGAAGUUAGCCAUGACGAGAAAUAAUUUACUUUGUGAUCAAAUGUGGAGUUGUUUGUGGUUUGUUUGAUUUUUUUGUUUCUUUCCAAAUUUUUUUUUUCCUUUCCUUGAUGCAGUAAGAAAUGUUUGAUUGUGUGGAAUACUUCAGUCUUACUGCCGUGAGUGCAAAUCUUGUAAUCCACUUUUUUGUGUUCUAAUUAA